AUGUGUACAUUCAAUGAUCCAAAACAAUUGCCUUGUUUGCACAGUUUCUGUCUCAACUGCCUGAAUGGCAUUCAACGAACGAGCGGCGUCCAUGGCAAAAUUACAUGCCCUGAGUGCAGGAGACAGUUUGAGAUCCCUGGAAGUGGAAAUCUCAGCGUACUUCCCACCAAUUUUCGCAUAAACAGUUUGAUAGAUGUCUUGGCAAUUAAAGAGUGCAGUACAGCUAACGUGAAAUGCGGAAACUGUGACAAGCGGAGCGCCCAAACCUUAUAUUGCUUCCAGUGUUGUUCUUUUUGGUGCGAGGAAUGUAUUUCAGGACAUAACAUCAUACGCACCAAUAAAGAACACAAAACACUGCUACUGAAAGAUUUUCAAGAUCAAGAUAUCGAGGCCGUGUUAAAGCAACCGGCAUUUUGUCAGAAAGAACUUCAUGACAAAGAGGAGUUGAAAUUCUUUUGCAAAGAUUGUAAAGUCGCCAUUUGCAACACUUGUGUUGUAACACUUCACGAAGGCCACGGCAAAAUGCUCUUGAAAGAAGCUGCAAAUGCCCGCAGGACACAAAUUAAUUACAUGACUAAAUCCUUAAAAGAUAAAGCACUGGAGAAACGAAAGGAAGUCGAACAAUUCAACCAAAAGAGCAUGGAAGUUCUAGCUCAUGUAGCCGACGUAAAAAGCCAAGUGCAGACGAAUGUAGACCAAAUGAUUGCAAUCAUCGAAGCGAGGAAAAAGACUAUUUUCGAUGCCGUCGAUAAUCAAGCGAAAGAAUCACUUGAAACACUCUCACAGAAAAAAGGCGAAGUUGAAAAUCAAGUGAAAAUAAUUGAAUCAGCAAUUGAACAAACUGAAUCUCUGAUGAAACGAAACUUUAGUACAGAAAUCCUUGGAUUCAAUGAAACAUUUGAUAAAAUCCUAGAGGAACAGGAAAGCCAAGGAAACCGUGAUAAUGAAUGUAUUCCUCGGUUUAGUUUCACUAAAAGUGAAAAAUUGAUUAACGUGUUAAACAAUGAAGGUAUAGGUAAUGUAAAAACUGUUUUUAGCGAAACUAAAGCGCAGCAAUCAGGAGCCAAAGGUAAAGAAAGUAGUAAAGUAAUUGAUGGGAAUAAAGCGGCAGAUGUUCCCGACAGUGCUCUUAAUGCUCAGUUACAAACCAGGAGUUAUAGACCUUUGCUGUCAUUUGGACAAGAAGGUAAGUCUAUUGGAAUGCUUAAAUAUCCCUUGGGGGUGGCAGUGAAUGAUCGUGAUGAAAUUGCUGUGACUGAGCUCUGCAACAGCAGAGUUUCAGUGUUUAGUAGCGACGGUACCCACUUAAGAUCGUUUGGUAGGGAGGGUCAGAAAAAUGGUGAGUUUAAACAGCCUUCAGGGAUUGCUUUUGAUAGUGUUGGCAAUAUUGUAGUGGCAGACUGUUAUAACCACAGGGUGCAACUCUUUGAUAGAAAUGGUAAGUUUCUUCGUAAGUUUGGCAAAUAUGGAACUCUUCACAAGCUUAAAAAUCCUGAAGGUUUAUCACUAAACGGCAGCGGUCAUAUUGUUGUAACUGACAGAGAAAACAAAUUAAUCAAGAUAUUCACUCCUAGUGGUGAGUAUUUAAGAAAAUUUGGUGGAGCAGGGGCUUUGGUUGAACCCUAUCACUGUAUCCAACACGGUCAAUAUUUUAUAGUCUCAGACUAUGGUGACGAUUCCAUUAAAAUGUUUGAUCUCGAGGGAAAGUUUAUUUCUAAAUUUGGAAAACAGGGGAACAAGGAUGGAGAGUUCAAUGAGCCCUGUUAUUUGUCAGUUAACAAAAAAGGAUUACUAAUGGUCUGUGAUGCAGGGAAUCACAGAGUUCAGGUAUUUGAACUGAGUGGAAAGUUUGUUACAAAAUUUGGAAGUGAAGGUAGCGGGAAAGGCGAGUUUAAUUAUCCAGUUUCUACAGCAUGUCUUAGUGAUGGAAGGAUAGUCGUGAGUGAUGUGAAAAACGAUCGAAUCCAGAUAUUUGACCAAAUAUGAUAUGAUCUCAUCAAUAGAAAUGCAAUUACUUAAAGUGUGAUGUACUUUUGAUCUACAAUUACUCAUGUUUCCAGAAGGAAAACACUUUUGACGUAGUUUAGUUUCUUGAACUUUCAUGCAUACAUUAAUACUGUAAAAACCCGCGACUAAGAACCUGGUUUUAAGAACGUGUUAGGUAAGCUUAAAAUUUGAAACAGGUUCUUCACCUAAAAUCUACAAACAUAAAUUUCAACACUUGGACAAUAUUCAGGAUCCUCUUUGGAGACAGUAGGUGCUUUAUUACUCCUAAUGGCAAUUGGUAAUGGUAUUUACAGUCUUACCUAGGCAACAAGCUGAAUAUACCACUAAAUACUCUUAGCUACAAUGGAUGUUUUUCUUUUAGAAAAUAACAUCCCAUUUAAGAACCUAGUAAAAUAAUUUAAAUUUGUGCUAAUUACCAUUUAUGUAACAACCUGUUUAGGCUAACCUGGGAUAAUCUGAUGCAGGUUUUUACUGUAGGAUACAUCUUUUGUUGUUGCUGAUUUCUCUUAGCUGACCUUUCUUAUAUUAUGAUGUACAAACUUAACUCAGGGAAACUGCGGGUCAGUGGCCCGUUUCUCGAAAGUCCCGAGAACGUUUCGGGGCUUAAAAGCUGUUUUAUGCUUGCUGUGUUGGCAUUUAAGAUCAAAGUGUCAAUAACUUUGAAGAUGAAACCAUGAAAGUAUCAGUUAACAAAGCAAAAUUGACCGGUUUGUGAUCUUGGACUGAACUGUGCUGCUAUAAAUUCAGCAGGUUUAGAUUUCAAAAUUUUUUUCGGACCCAAAAAGUUACCGGGCCUUUCGAGAAACGGGCUGCAAGAGUGUUCAAUGGGUAGAUAUAUUUAACAGAAGGGUUUUCAUUUUUAAUACAUUCUAAUUUGUUCAAUAGCAAAACCAACCUGUGGUUCACAUUUUUGUACUAAACUGCUCAGACAGAAGUAGUGCAGUUUCAGGCUUUUUACUUACUUUUCUAGUAAUAUUAAAUGGUAGACUUGAUACUUUCAAAAGAGCACAAAGUUUCUCCGAUGCGUUUUAGUGUGUAUCAUUUUUUCAUCUACUUAUUAAACAAUGGACCAGUGUAUUUGGUUUUGUAGUUUCGUGUAUAACGUGUCCCAAUAUGUAGAACAAUAGAGUGCGAACAAUCGUUUAAUUUUCUCCAGAGAAUCACUAGGGUACAGGCGGCGAGUUGCAAGUCAUAAGACCCGAGAAUCUAGUCAGAUCAGUCUUCUCGGCCGAUCGUUUUCGGUUCUUGCCUGAACCUCGUGUGUUACAUGUAAAUGCCAUCUCCUUAACUUUUGACUGAAAGUUAGAAACUGUUGGCAAUUUAAUACAUAACAAAAUAUUUUUAAAAAGUGUAGAUUCUGAAUGUUUCGAGUUAGUGUGAAAAUUAUAUAAGCCACCACCGCCAUUGUCAAAUGAUGUAUACUAAGAACUAUUUAAAAAAUACUUUGUAUUAAUCGUAGUGUGAUGGCUAUUAUGCUAUAAAUGUGAAAAUCUAAACGUAAUGAUGUAUUACAUGUAAAUUUGUAAUAAACUUUAAUUCGCAUUUUAAAAUUUGCUUGGUUUGUCUCACUGAUAAAUUUGUACCCUAGUGUCUUUCUUGCCCUUACACAUUUCAGAGUUUUGCAAAAAAAAAAAAAAAAAAAAAAAUUUAAAAGAAAGUACAGCUAGAUAGGGCGAUAAAAUUUUCAUUCAAAAAUUCCCUGUCAAAAUUACGAGACAGUUUGGCUCGUAUCUCUGCCCUUUUUAACCGAGUCACGUUGAUUCUUCAAGUUCUCUUGUAACAUUUCAAAUGAGUUUAUGCUACAAGGGGCGUGUCCUGCUAGCAGCGUCUCUAGUAAGGGAGUUAACGGCAUAACCUGGAGAGUUUUGCACAAUCGACAAAGACAAAAAUAUUAUUCCUUAGGGUGUUACUGUCCGGUAAAGAAAGCCAAAAGGAAAUCCGUUACAAAAUCUUAAAACGAAGAGUCUGCUGGCGCGGUCUUCAAGGGGCGUUGUUCAAUGCUAAUGCUGCUAAGAGUGGUGUGGUUGAGGUGUGAAUUAACCUGAGAUCAGGCGGUGCUUCUUCAUUUUUUGUUUUGGCAGCGAGGGGGAAAGGACGCCCUUCUUUUUUCCCCUUUCCCCGAAAACAAGCCUGAUCGCGGGUUAGGUGUGAAUGGGUUAAAGAAGAAACGAAAGGGAAGAGGACUUUAUCGAAGUCUAUAGUAGAAUACCUCGGCCCGUACUUCGAAAUAACAGACCGUCGCCCUUUGCUAUAUAAAAAGCUGGAAAAUUUUUUGUGGAUAUGUAGUUAAGUCCGAGGAAUAGAAUGAUGUCUUCCAGAUCUUCAAGGGAAAAGUCAUCGGCCUCCUUGUGGACAUAUGUGUCUAUAUAGGAUGGAUGCUCUGUCUGUUAAUUAGAAUAAAUAAAUAACAAUUUGAAUAUAAGAAUAUAUUCUUCUCUAGAAGAAGCAUUUGAGUUCUGCUGAAGCUCGUUCGCAAAUAAGACCAAAAAAACACAAAACUUUACCAAAAUCGGUCAGGAGAAAAAUAAAAUCGAACAAAUUUGCAUGUUACACCCCAAGUAUACCAGAUUAAUUAUGUAAACAUUGAUUUACGCCAUCAAUAUGGAAUAUAUGUCACUGAGACGGAGACGUUCCCCCUGGAAAAACGUCCUGAGCGGCGAGGAACGAAGAGAAACGGCUGUUUUUGCAGCCUACAGCCUGUCCCGUCUGCCUGUCUGUCUAUCUGCCUAUCUAUCUUUCUGACUAGCACCAAGGAUUAACACAGUCAGUCAGGAGCAGGGCUGUUUCAUUCCCAGGUUUUUUAGGCUUCUUUUCUUUCCGUGGAGCUUAAAGUAGCUUUUAAUACCCAUCUGAAAAAGAACCACCUGAUGGAGGAGGGUGGUAAAAUGUGCGCACGGCUCACUAUUAAGCGUUACCAACCUCUCACAAACUGAUUGGGUCUUCAUCCAUCCGUUCGUCCGUCAAUGGGAAGCUUAAGCAACAACGAGGCGACGGCUGAAAAAACGUUACUUUAAAAGUGAAGUCGAACUGCUUCAAACUUUAUCGCGCUUAUUCUGUCUCUUUUAGUUCGUGAAACGUUGGCAGUUUUUUCUGGAGUUGAAUUCUAAAAGACUGUAUUGAAGUUCAGGAAAAGAAAGAGAAAGUCGUUGUCUUGUGUUCACAUUCUCCACAAAAUCUGAAAUUAGGCAUUUUCACGUUGUAGUCGCUAGUGACGGUAAAGAAAUGUACGUGAAGCUUGUGAAGAGUUGACGUCGCCAUCGUCUUUGCUUAAGAUCGCCAAUCUGUGUCUGUGUGCCCCUCUGUAUAUCAAUUUGCCCCAACCACCCCACCCCCUUCCCUUUUUCGCAAACUCCUGUUGAUACACUUUGUUACAGGCUCUAGAAGUAUUAGGGCUAGAGCAACAUGACUGCAAAUGUAUAAUUAUUACGGUAACUUUCUUUUCCUCAGCCAACGCUUCCCAAGCCGCAGGUAAUGAUUCAUGGCACUAAAACCAGUUGAUUAUUCCGACUAAGGCUUUAAAAUUGUUCUUAAAUAUCAGGUGCCCGAGGCUGUGAAAUACUGGUCCAUAUCGGUUCAGUUAACCAAAGAUAUCACUGAGCGCUCGUAAUUUUAAUAUCGAUAAGGCGAAAGUGGGUUCUCAGAAAGAACCGACCAAUGAUAGCUUUUGUUUGGGACCACAACCGACUCACAACAGGAAACUGAAGGCUAAAUGUGUUCUGCGACUUGAGUUCAACCGUCAUAACGCCAAACUGUAUGAAGCUGCGUCUAACGCGUUCUUUGUGUUUCAUCCCAAUUCAACCAAAUGCGAAGACUUCGAUCUACCAAAGCCUGUACCAGCGGUUUCACAGGAGAGCGCAGUCGCACAGCUUAUUCAGCAGUGACCGCCGAACAGCUUUAAAAUGAGGUUCGAUCUUCAGGUUAUCAAUUCUGUCCCUGGUGGCUGGAAAAUUGCUGUCAAAUUUUCCAAACCGGUGGCAGAAAUCUCCAACAUAAAUAAUGCAAGAUUUGCGAGCAGGUCUCAAGAUAGGCUCACUUUCUACAUCGAGAAUGUCCCAGGCCAGAUCCAGAAUGCUAAUUUGAAGCAAUGCGAAAGAAUCAACGUCGAGUUUGCUAGAAAACUGGUGUCCUCACCUGCAAGCAAGACGCUGUCCACUUUUGUGAUGUUUGAACGAAAGGAGCCCGAAUGCGCUGAGAUCAAUCCCCCAGGAGCUUGUCCCACAGUUCCCCACUUGAAGUGAAAUGAUAACCGAUCACAUCUAAAUCCUACAACAACAGUGAGUAGUAAUGAGGUAAACUUAAAAGAUGAAAAUUGACCGCAAAUAAAAUGUGCUUUAUGCUAUCCAGUAUGCAUCAAGAGGAUUAUUUAACCGGUUUCUCAACAGUCAACCUGAUCCCCAGGGCUUUUACCAUAGAAAAGGGAACGGAGAGCCGAGGAGACGAGGUUGCUCAAAUGUUUCUGGUAGGUAGGUAAAGGCGUACACGAGCCAAAAGCCCAAACGGACGGAGCUUAUCCUGUUUUCCUUAGCGUAAAGCAUGCCUAGGAGUAUCGCCAAUCCCCCCCUGGACGGGAUGCUAGUCCAUCGCAGGGUUCCCCACUAGCACUAGAUGACGCCGGUACCGGGCCAUUUAUACACCUGGGUGAAGAGUACCUUCGGUUCUGGAAGAUAUUUUUUACUUACCGAUACUGAUGGUUCGCGACGAAGCCACAUCUCCGGAACCUUACCAAACCGUAAGCACGGUUUAUUUCAUAUCAGGUAUUCUGAGAACGGACCUCUGGAGCCAGGGUUAGUGAAGAGAGAAAAAGUGGAGAAAAGUUCCUUGUCCAAGGAAACAACGUGACGGGCAAGGCUUGAACCCCGGAGUUUGAGGUGUUACACCCUCUGCCACACACGCCUCCACUGGGCUCACUGAAAUAUCUAUUUCCGGAUUCACAUAUUCUGGCUCGAGAAAUGGUAAAAUAAACCUGAACAAUUAUUGGAUGAAGUUUUUCUGAUAUCGAAUAAUUGUUUUCUUAUACAAUGUUACCGUUACACGGAACACACAUCCUGUUUGUCAGUGCCCUCAGAAAUCAUGCGGUGUGCUUGCAAUCUACAGAUUAGUCACUUAUCUGCUUGCAUAAAACUGGCAAAUCAGUCCUGUAGGUUGCGCUGAUUUCCAAAAUCAAUUGUAAGGUCCUUAGCCAAUGAAAAGACAGAUAAUGAAUACAAUCUACAAUAAACCUUAAAAAUGAUUUUCCGGCUCCUUCUUCGUCGUGUCUGUUCCUCUUCCCAGCCCCUUCUCAAAAAUUCAAAAAACACUCAGACAUGUAUGGUAGUAUACUGGUAGGCAUGGUAAUACCAGCAGCCCAUAACUCCUGGUAGUACAGUAUACUGAAGUGGCAUGGCCUAUACAUGGUAUCAUCUCCUAUUAACAAAGUGAUAGUGUUUAAUACAAGUGACAUUUAAAAAACAAGACACCCAGAACAAAGAAAAUCGAAAGGAAAGACUUCACAUCGCAAGGGCGGAUCCAGGCGUCCGGGACUUUUCUUAGGUGGGGUUGAACUAGUGAGGAAUGGCGUAACUGACUAGUGACGUAAACAAAUACCAGUUGAGAAAGCCGCAGGUCUUCUCAGGGGGUGGGAGGGGGCACCCACUGCACCCUCCCCCUAGAUCUACCCCUGCAUCUAGAAAGGUUACUUCGGUUUGCUAGAUGUAUUGUACUUCAACGAAUGUCGUGUGUGAAUUUUUGACCGCUGCAAAGUGAUCUGUCUUGGUAACGUAAUCAAAAAAAAAAAUGCACCAGUGAGCUAGUUGAUGCUUCGUAGCGCGGAUCAACAGUUCUAAGAAAAACAGGAUAUUACGUCAAAGUCAAAAAAUGCAAGAGACUCUGUUUUAUUGGUUGAUAAAUUAAUUAUAUUAAUGUUUAGUCUGGAUCAGAAGGAUGUAAAUAGGUUGGGUUCUUUCAAAACGCCGCUCCUUAUUAAAUCGCUAACAACAAACUUGCAGUAUUUCCAACUUUUAAUAACCAUUGUUCCCGACCUUUACCAUGGAUCUAAAGACCUUGCUGGACAAUCUUCACGAUGAGGUAUCCUGUUCUGUGUGUAUGUGUACAUACACUGAUCCAAAGCAGUUGCCUUGUUUGCACAGUUUCUGUCUUCACUGCCUGAACGGAAUUCAACGAACGAGCGGCGUCCACGGCAAAAUUACAUGCCCCGAGUGCAGGAAACAGUUUAAAAUCCCUGGAAGUGGAAAUCCCAGCGAACUUCCCACCAAUUUUCGUAUCAAUAGUUUUUUCGAUGUCUUGGCAAUUAAAGAGUGCAGUACAGCUAACGUGAAAUGCGGAAACUGCGAGAAAAGAAGCGCGCAGACCUUAUAUUGCUUCCAGUGUUGUUCUUUCUGGUGCGAGGAAUGUAUUUUAGCACAUAACGUGAUACGCACCAACAGAGAACACAAAACGCUGCCGCUAAAAGAUUUUCAAGAUCAAGACUUCGAGGCCGUGUUAAGGCGACCAGCAUUUUGCCAGAAGGAACUUCAUGAAAAAGAGGAGCUGAAAUUCUUUUGUAAGAACUGUGAAGUGGCAAUUUGCAGCACUUGUGCAAUGACACUUCAUGAGGGUCACGGCAAAAUGCUCUUGAAAGAAGCUACAAAUGCCCGUAAGACAAAGAUAAAUUCCAUGAUUAAAUCUUUAAAAGAUAAAGUACUGGAAAAACGAAAGGAAGUCGAACAAUUCAACCAAAAGAGCAUGGAAGUUCAAGCGAAAGUAGCCGACGUAAAAAGCCAAGUGCAGACGAAUGUGGACCAAAUGACUGCAAUCAUCGAAGCGAGGAAACAGCAUGUUUUUGAUGCGGUCGAUAAUCAAGCGAAAAAAUCAAUUGAAACACUCUCACAGAAAAAAGGCAAAGUUGAAAAUCAAGUGAAAAUAAUUGAAUCAGCAAUUGAACAAACUGAAUCUCUGAUGAAACGAAACUUUAAUACAGAAAUCCUUGGAUUCAAGGAAACAUUUGAUAAAAUCCUACAGGAACAGGGUACCCAAGAAAACCGUGACACUGAAUGUACUCCACGGUUUAGUUUCACUAAAAGUGAAAAAUUGAUUAACGUGUUGAACAGUGAAGGUAUAGGUAAUGUAAAAACUGUUUUUAGCGAAACUAAAUCGCAGCAAUCAGGAGCCAAAGGUAAAGAAAGUAGUAAAGUAAUUGAUGGGAAUAAAGGGGCAAAUGAUCGUGACAGUCCUCUUGAGGCUCAGGUACAAACCAAGCGUUACAUUCCUGUGCUAUCAUUUGGACAAGAAGGUAAGUCUGUUGGAAUGCUUAACGGGCCCUGGGGGGUAGCAGUGAACAAUCGUGAUGAAAUUGCGGUGGCUGAGCUCUGGAACGGAAGAGUUUCAGUGUUUAGUAGUAACGGUACCCACUUAAGAUCGUUCGGUAGCGAGGGUCAGAAUAAUGGUGAGUUUAAUCAACCUUCAGGGAUCGCUUUUGACAGUCUUGGUAAUAUUGUAGUGACAGACUGUAAAAACCACAGGGUUCAAGUCUUUGAUAGAAAUGGUAAGUUUCUACGUAAGUUUGGUGGAGAUGGAAGUCUUGAUCACCAGCUUAAAAACCCUGAAGGUUUAUCAAUAAACGGCAACGGUGAUAUUAUUGUUGUUGAUCAAGGUAACAAAUUAAUCAAGAUAUUCUCUUCUAGUGGGAAGUAUUUACGUAAAUUUGGUGGAGCAGGUUCUUUGGUCACUCCCUAUCACUGUAUCCAACACGGUCAGUAUUUUAUAGUCUCAGACUGGGGAAAUAAUUCCAUUAAAAUAUUUGAUCUCGAGGGAAAGUUUAUCAGUAAAUUUGGAAAAAAGGGGAACAAGGAUGGAGAGUUCGAUAACCCCAGUUAUUUGUCAGUUGACAAAGAAGGAUUGCUCAUGGUCUGUGAUUCAGGAAAUUACAGAGUUCAGGUAUUUGAACUGAGUGGAAAGUUUGUUAUAAAAUUUGGAAGUAAAGGUAGCGGGAGAGGAGAGUUUAAUUAUCCAGUUUCUGCAGCAAGUCUUAGUGAUGGGAGGAUAGUUGUGGGUGAUAAGGAGAACAACCGAAUCCAGAUAUUUGACCAAAUAUGA